GUGUCGGUGGUGGUAUUGGUGAUGGUGUUGAUGGUGGUAGUGAUGGUGGUGUCGUUGAUGGUGGUGGUAGUAAUUGUGUUGGUGGUAUUGGUGAUGGUGGUGGUAGUGGUGGUGGUGAUGGUGUUGGUGGUGGUGGUAUUGGUGAUGGUGAUAGUAACAUAAUGUAAAGUUUUGAAUGAAGUGCUUGGUUUUUCAAAAGAUCUGAAAUGAUCUGAUGCUUGUGUGUGUCUGUGUGUGGUUGUUUGUGUGUGUAUGUGUUAAUUGUGUGUAGUGUUUUGACAAAAUGAGCUUUGUUUUUAAAAUUGUGUCUAAGCCAACUUAAAAAAACAAUGUUCUUUUUUUUUUUUUUUUUUGGCUAUUGCUAAAAAUAUACCCCAGAGACUUCAGACUGCUUUCGUGCUUUAGUGCUUUAGGGUCACAAAUGUAUAUAAACUCAAGUAAACUAUACUCAAGUAAAGAAUCUUCUUAAAUGAAUGUAAACAAUUUGCUAAUGAACAAUGCAUAAUAUAAUGUCAUUUUUAGGGGAUAUAGCUAUAGACUUCAAAGGAUUCAAUUCAGACUUCCUCUCGGUUGAGUUAAAAAGAGACAUGACAUUUCCUGGUUACAUUAGUCUAAGGUCUGAUUAGAUUUCUGGUUAGAGUUGUGUGUGACAACUUGUAUAAUGGCAGAUACCUAUGCAAAUGGUGACUUCGUAAGGCUAAAAUAUAACAAACAGCCAACCUCAGUUGAUGAAGCAGACCAGUGCAUUUAUGGAAACAGUGAUGACCUGGACUUGGAUCCAAAGACAAAAGACAUUGCAGGUGCCUCUCAAUAUGCAUCUGAACACACAUUUUCAUCUAGGAAAGAGAAAGACCAGUCCUGUAAGGCAGUUCUUCUUGCUGUCCUUAGUGUCUCUCUGCUCGUGGCUCUGUGUGUUCUGGGAAUUCUCUAUUCCCAACUACUGAGGUCAUCUGAUUUGUUAAAAGAGCAGAACAGAAAUGCUGCAGCCGACUUUGAAAUACAGCAGCAGAUUCCCACAGACAGCACAUUUGAAAGAAGAAAGUACUACUAUUUCUCUUCAGAAAAACUCAACUGGAUGGAAAGUCGAGAUUACUGUACGAGAACUGGAGGUCAGCUGGUCACAAUAACAGGCAAAGGGGAUCAGUAUAAUUUGGCCUCAAAGCUGAAAGAGCCACAUUGGAUUGGACUACAUGAUUUGUACACUGAAGGACACUGGAUGUGGGUGGACAACACAACUCUCACAGGAGAAACGUUCUGGCAUAAAAGGACAGCUGGUCUAUCUGAACCUGAUAACUGGACACAGGAGGACUCCGAAGGAGAAGACUGUGCUUUUCUGGAAACUAAGAGUGAAUGGUUUGAUGCUCCAUGCUCAAAACUAAAAAAGUUCAUCUGUGAAAAGUAAAGCUGAUAGCAUGGUACUCUAUACCAUUCAAAAGAUUAGGAUCAAUAAGAUUUUUUUACGGACAAAUAAAUGUUUUUGUUUUGUACUUUCUAUUCUCCAAAGAAUGAUGAAAAAUGUAGCACAGUUUCCAGAAAUAUAUGAUGUGUCACAACUGUUUCUCAAGCAGUGUAUUGGAAUGAUUUCUGAAGGAUCAUGUGACAUUGAAGACUGGACUAAUUACACGUAUAAAUAUAUUACAAUAGAAAAGUUAUUUUUAUUGAAAAUAAUGUUUCACAAUAUUAUUGAACUCUUUUAGAAACAUUUAAAAAAUCUCAUUGACCAAUAUUUCAUAGUCAUAUACCAAUUUUCAGCUGUUUUGCCAUAUCAGAACAUCUUUGAAGAAAAUGAACUGCCUAUUUUCGAUUUUUAGAAUCAUUUACAAAACUAAAAAUCAACAUUUGCAUAGACUUAAUUCUUGUUUCAACAUUCAACAAAAAAGAAGUUUAAUUGACUAAAUGGUUCCAUAAAGAAUCUUUUACAUAUUUUCCAGAUUAUAAAAAGGUAUGAAAGCGAUGGUACUUUAAAGAACCUUUGACUGAAUGGUUCUCUGUGGAACCAAAUAAUGGUUCUUCUAUGGCUUUGCUGUGAAGAACCUUAUAAGAAUCUUUAUUUUUAAGAGUGUGUAUUUUACAGUGCUACAUUUUAAUCUCUAGUAAACCCAGAAUCUAGUGUUCAACUAAAAUAUACCUGAAAAAAAAAAAAAAACCUGCAUACGCCUUGGUCUUUUUCUCAAACAUUAAUGGAAAUUAUGCUUGUAAACAUGCAGGAAACCAAAAGAAAUGUAUAGACACUAAAACAUUUAUGUUCAGGCUCACAUGUUCUGAAGUAUCAUGCUUUUCAUGACAAAAAUGACUUUUCAAUAUCUAUAUCCGAUAAGUUUCCAGCACAGAGGUGCAAACUCAAGUGUCUUGGCUGUUUUAUCAUCUUUUAUCAUCUGUUUAUCUGUUGAAUAAGUAUGUGUUGGAACUGUAUUGAAAAAUAGCAUUAAAUAACACACCAUCAAACUAAUCACUUGAUUAAAACAAAAUUAAUGGUAUUCGUUCAACAGACACAGAAUGAUAAUUUAAUUUUGAUUCAUUCAGUGCAGCAUUAUUUUAUCUUUUUUAAUUUAAAUAAAACUGCAAAACUAAAAUAAUUGUAUGAAUGUGUGUGAUUGUGAAUGUGUCUUAUCAGUUCUGCAUUCUGAGUCUUGCAUUCGAUGAUGACACACAAACCAGGAUGAAGAUGAGGAAGCGGACUCUGAAAGAAAAGCAAGAAAUUUGGAUGCUAAAAGAAAAGAGGAAGUCAAGUAGACCGGCGACAUCAGCAACAAACGAUGACCUGAUCGGCUCAAAAAGAAAAACAACAGACAUCAUAAAAGCUGUGAAAAUGAAACCUAAAAUACAAGUCUGUAACAUCACCAACAACCUCCAGAAAGCUGGGGUGAUGCUCUGUCAAUCUACUGUCCGCAGGAGAAUUUGACACAGAAUUACAGAAGCUACACAACAAGAUACAAACAUCUGAUCAGCAGCAAAAACAGAAAGAUUCUUCACAAAUGUAAGGCAGUAGAGUUUUGGAACUGAGUUGAUGGGCCGAUGAGACAAAGAUUAACCUUUAUCUAAGUGACUGGAAAGCAAAAGUUUAGAGAGAAAAAAGGGAACUGCAAAUGAUCCCACACUUGAUAAAGUAAAAGUCCAAGUCUGCGAGGAGCGUUGUUUCUCUGACGACGCUGCACUUCUUAUAAGUCUAUAAAAUGAUUGGCCAUAAAAUGAACCAAUCACAAGACAUCUUAUGGGGGGGCACCUGGGGUGGC